CUCUCUCGAUAGCCUCGAUUCCGAGACGUUGUUCUCCCUUGGCUUUCCGCUGCCCCCGAUACCGUUGUAUAUACUUGUAGACCUUGUAGUGCGGACCGUCGCGUUUCGAGAUAAAUCCUAAUAUGGCCAGCGAGAAAAAACCGGCGAAGACGCCGUCGAAAAGAGAGAAAACCGCCGAGGAGAUACUGACAGAGUUCCAGUCGCUCCGAAAUGAACAGAGGAUUCUGGCAAACAAACUGUCUGAGAUGGAGAUGGAGUUGAACGAACACAAAAUUGUUAUCGACACGUUAAAGAAUGUGAGUCCCGAGAGGAAGUGCUACAGGAUGAUCGGUGGGCUUCUGUGCGAGCGCACGGUGGAAGACGUGAUGCCUGCUCUGGUGACGAACAAAGAACAGUUGAUGAAAGUGAUAGACGCUUUAAACGACCAGGUAACGAAGAAGGGAAUCGAGAUAAAUGAGUACAAGGAAAAGCACAACAUCAGAAUCAGAGGGCAGGAUGAUUUGCAGCAACAAGAAGAGGAUAACAAUAAUAAGGAAGACAAGAGAAAGGCGAUUGUUGUGAAUCCCAUUGAGAUUUAAGCAUAAUAAAUAUAAGCGUUUUUUUUUUAAUAUUAUAAGGCAUAUUGAGACACGCGUGAAGUCCAGGGAUUGUAAAAGUAACGACGGUUUUGAGUUGAAUGCAUUUUUAAAUUAGUCUUUAUGCAGCACCGCUUUACGACAUCAUAUCGCUACGCGUCGUUCCGUAUAGCGUUGUAUGUGUAAGUAUAUUUGACCCAAAAGGAAAAAGAAACGAAUAUUUUUGUCUUACAAAAGUUAGGCUCUGUGAUUAAUUAUUUUGCGAUGAGGUAUUUUUUUGGAUUACUUGUAUCUCUGCAUCAAAAGUGAAAUAAUAAUGUAACGUUCGUACAUUUAUCCACUGUAA